ACUGGGGAUGGAUUCUCUAACAGCACUGGGGAUUCUCUAACUUCUUGGGAUAUUCAAAUUCUUGACUCCAAGAUUCAAGAAGCACCUCUUUGAAUUGAUCAUGUCGCCUCCAGAAAUUAAACGACUUUUUUUGUUAGUUCUUCACCAAGUAGAUCCUCCCCCGGUUAUCAAAAAGAAGAAGAAGAAGAAGAUAGAACCCCACACCCCCCCCCCCCCCCCCCGCAGCUCUUUGCAACUCCCUCUCACUCCCAUUCAAGUGAAGGAACCCAGAAAAAAAAAAAAAAAAAAAAAAACACCUUCUUCCAAUUUGCAUUCUGUGUGCAUAUGCAUAUGUAGAUACAAACACACGGCGUGAAAAAAAGGAUUCGAUCGUUCUGUUUGGGUAUAUAAUGAGAAUCCGAAUCCAGGGAAUAUGAACAUCGAUUACCAACGCUCCGUUUCGCUGCGGGCGAGCCGGAGAGCUGAACGUAACAAUCAAAACCAGCAAACUGAAGAUGUUGAAGGGGAGUUUUUUCCUACGGGCAAGUGGUCUCAGGAUUACCCAAUGAAGAUUACAUGGAGGAGGGGUUUUCUUCGUUUGGUUCUCGCGGGGGGCAUCUUGUGGAUGUUUCUCAUUCCCACUGUUUUGGUGUUUCAUCUUUGGUCUUGUCAAUCUUCACUGGCUUUCUUUUCUGCUAUGUGUAACAGAGGCAGCAGGGUGUUAAUCAUGUUAGACACAAUGGGACUUGUACCAAGACCUCCACACCGUUGUCUCAUUCCCGUUGCGGAUGACCCAGAAAAAAUAAUUAUUCCAAAGAGAACUCCUAGCGAAGUUGUUGAACAGUUGACAUAUAUCACGGAGGAUGUGGUAGGAAAUAAUGGAUCUAGUCAACCACCACUAUUUGGAGGGCAUCAGAGCUGGUUGCAACGAGAUGAGAGUUUUGAACUAAAAUCAUCCAUGAAGGUGCACUGUGGUUUCAUGCGUGGUGGAGGUGUGGAAAUGGCUACAAAAGAUAUCAGUUAUGCCGAGAACUGUAGGUUUGUUGUUGCUUCUGGGAUUUUUGAUAGAUAUGAUACUCCACAUCAGCCUUCAGAUAUAAGCCCGCGUUCUCAAAAGCUAUUCUGUUUUCUUAUGGUGGUGGAUGAAAUAUCCAUCGACUUCAUCAAGAAGAAUGUCACAGUCAGAGAAGACAAGGAUGGGGGACAAUGGGUGGGUAUUUGGCGUCUUAUUGUGCUGAAGAAUCCACCUUAUGAUGAACCCAGAAGGAAUGGAAAGGUUCCCAAGAUAUUAACGCACAGAUUAUUUCCUCAAGCACAGUACAGCAUUUGGAUUGAUGGUAAAAUGGAGCUAAUUGUUGAUCCAUUGCUUAUUCUAGAAAGAUACUUGUGGCAUGGGAAGCACACAUUUGCCAUUGCUCAGCACAAGCAUCAUCGCAGUAUAUACGAGGAGGCUGAUGCAAACAAAAGGAGGAAGCGAUAUGCUCGACCUCUGAUUGAUCUUCACGUGAAAAUAUACAGUUAUGAAGGCAUGGAGCCAUGGAGUCCAAUGAAAAACACUAUUAGUGAUGUGCCAGAGGGGGCGAUCAUUAUACGCGAACAUACAGCUCUGAACGAUUUAUUUAGCUGCUUGUGGUUCAAUGAGGUCAACCUCUUUACACCAAGAGAUCAACUGAGCUUUGGCUAUGUUGUUUACAGGUUAGGGGGUGUCUUCAAAUUCUUUAUGUUUCCGAACUGCGAGUACAACUCGCUCUUUGUGUUGCACCGACACACUCGCAAGCAUUCUUCCAGAGUUGAAUUGGUGAAAUCGUUGGAUGAGUUUAAGGGGAACAACGGUGAUUUGAAAGAGAGUAGGGGAGGAUUAGGGUUGUGGACUCCUUAUCCUGGGAACCUUAGUUCCGUUUUACUACCGCCUGUAUCACGAACAUCAAAAGCAGGAUGAAUUUGAAUUCAUCUCACUUCCUGCUAAUUUCUAGUUCUUUUUGUAGUUUUUUAGAAUCUUAAUACAAUUCUUUCUAACUGACUUCGUCGGUAAGAGUCAAUGGGGACCUAUUCGAGCUCCUUGUGUAGUUUCAUGGAAAAGAAGUGCAUGUUGUUUGCUCUUCAAGUUGUUUUACGUCCUGGAAUUUGUGUAUUUAAACCAUUCUCUCAGGGACAAUGCAAAGUUGAGUUCUCAUGGUCCUUGAUGUAAUAUCAACUGCUGAUGAGCGUGAGCACCGGUUUAUCUGUGCAAUAGAUACCUUUGCAACAACGAAGACAAAAGUUUGAGUGAUACAUAUCAGACACAGAUAUGCAACUCACGUGGCUGCCAUAUGGGGUGCUGACAAAGAUUGGUCCUCUGUUAUCCUAGAGGGAAAUUCUCAAGUGGGGUGGUAAAUGGUAUUUUUGAUAGAUCGUGCAAUCCUCAUUUGUCGAUCGCGCAACCAAUGCAGCAUAUCGGAUCCUCGUUCUCUUUCAAUUUUGUACAGAGUCUCAUUUUCCCCCGAUAUUGUCAAACAGUGCUUGCUCAUGGGAUGGCUCAGCGAGCUUUCAGGCUUAGUUUUCAUGGCCUCUGGUUUGCAAUUAGCUCCCGUGUGCAUCCGGUCCUGGUUACAAACUUACAGUUUCUUCAGAUAUUUAUUUACCCAUUUAGUGGGGGUUAUUUUUUUUGGCCCCUUUUUUCCUUC